AUGAGCGACUACGAUCAUCUGGCGGAGCAGCUCCGGCACCCGGAUAACCCGAUCGUGUUCAUGGAGAUGACGGCCGGCGGUGCGCCCAUCGGUACCAUCAAAAUGGAGCUGUUCGCCGACGUAUGCCCCAAAACUGCCGAAAAUUUCAGGUAA